GGUAUAGCUUCGCGUCUUUUGCAUAAAUUCACGCAAUCGAACUCGGCAAUAGUCCCAUUGAUCCAAUGAUUUUUAGUUGGUCAUCUCUAGUUCAACAACUAAACUACAUGUGUUAUGUUUCUGGUUUAGGUGAAAAGAGAGAAAAAAAAUAAAGUGACAAACAAACGGAAAUAUAAAUCAAGGAGCAAAGGCGAAAAAAAUAUAACGGCUACAUUUUAUUUCGGUUCAGUUAGUUACGAAUCCUUGUCAUUCUUAAGAAAAUCCUGAAUAUUUCCAACCCAAAAACAAAGAAGAUUCAAUUUCUUUCUGAAAAUCCUGUUGAAAAAUUCACCAAAAAUUUCUUGAGUUUUUCAAUCUGGGUUUCUUCUAUAUAUCUGAUUGAUGGUACACGAGAUUAGAGUCAUUAUCAAUGGGUUGUAUUACAUCAAAAGAAGCUACAGUAAAGCCUUCAACGUCCGAAGAGUUUCGAGAUAAUGGGUCGGCGAUAUCGGGUUCGUCUUCUUUGCGAAUUCAAACAAAGUUACCUGAACCGGAUUACAGGAAGGUAAUUCAUUCAAGAAAUAAUAAUGGUGGUGGGAAUAAUAAAUUGGGAGAAUCAAAAAGAGAGAAACCCAAAGUUGAAGAUCGAAGUUUUAGAUUGAGAAAUUUGCAUAGACAUGUUGAAGGUGAACAAGUUGCUGCUGGUUGGCCUUCUUGGCUUAGUGCUGUUGCUCGUGAAGCUAUUCAUGGUUGGAUUCCUCUUCGUGCUGAAAGUUUCGAGAAAUUGGAAAAGAUUGGGCAAGGUACAUACAGCAGUGUUUUCCGAGCGCGGGAGCUUGCAACUGGGAGGAUGCUUGCGUUAAAGAAAGUUCGGUUUGAUAACUUUGAGCCAGAAAGUGUGAGAUUUAUGUCGCGGGAAAUAAUGAUUCUCCGCAAACUAGAUCAUCCAAAUGUUAUGAAACUGGAGGGACUAAUUACUUCUAGACUGUCAACUAGUGUAUAUCUCGUUUUCGAGUAUAUGAAACAUGAUAUUGCUGGAUUAUCAUCUUGUCCUGACAUCAAGUUCAGUGAAUCACAGGUUAAAUGCUAUAUGCAUCAACUACUAUCUGGCCUUGAACACUGUCAUUCGAGAGGUAUAAUGCACCGAGAUAUCAAGGGAUCCAACCUUCUUGUUAGUGAUGAUGGAGUUCUGAAGAUAGCUGAUUUUGGCCUGGCAAAUUUUGUUAGUGUCGGGCACAUUCAACCAUUAACUAGUCGAGUUGUUACUUUAUGGUAUCGGCCUCCUGAACUUUUGCUUGGAUCCACCAGUUAUGGGCAAUCUGUUGAUCUAUGGAGUGUUGGUUGUUUAUUUGCUGAACUACUUCUCGGAAAGCCUAUACUUAAAGGAAGAACUGAGGUCGAACAAUUGCACAAAAUCUUCAAGCUUUGUGGUUCCCCACCUGAUGAGUAUUGGAAAAAAUUCAAACUGCCUCAUGCAACUAUUUUCAAACCCCAGAAUUCUAAUGCCAGUAGCCUCUCUGUUACCUGUAAAGAUUUACCAACAAGUGCUCUCAAUUUGAUACAAACACUUCUCUCCAUAGAACCCUACAAGCGUGAUACUGCUUCGGCUGCUCUUAAGUCCAAGUAUUUCACAACAAGACCUUAUGCAUGUCAUGCAUCAAGCCUGCCGAAGUACCCACCAAACAAGGAAAUAGAUGCUAGAACUCGUGAUGAGGCGCGAAGGAAAAGAGCUGCUGGCAGAGCACGAAAAUCUGAAACAACACGAAGAAGAGCAAGAGUGUCCAAUGUUUUACCUGAACCAAAACAUGCAGUACAACCCAAGGAGUUGCAGGUCAAUAUACAAAAUGUGCGUAAAAGCAAUGCUUGCUUAUUAGAAGAACAAAAGAAAUCAUGCCAAGAAGAAAUAUAUUUAUCAGGUCCUCUACACAUCACGCCAUCAAGUGGGUUUGCAUGGGUGAGAAGUCGAAAUGAAGAUCUUGCCUACAAUGGGUAUAGUUCAAGAAUUCCUAUUAAAAGCAAAGUCAAUCCUUCAAAUGUCCAACUAAAAAGAACUAGUUCAGAACUUAAAGACAUUCGUGUUGGUUUAUUUGGAACUCAUACCGAAUCAGGUGUCCAUGACUUGUAUUCCAGGAGCGAAAUGCAGAAACAUUGGACCAAAUUCGAACGUCUGGAUUCCUUCGAUGACUCUAAGCAACAUCAUUCUCAAGGGUUCUCAACUGCAGUCUAUCAAAGCCAAGAUUUUCCAAAUAUCAAGAGAAGCAAUAAGGAAGAAGACAGAGUUGAUUUCUCAGGGCCAUUAAUGAACCAACACCAACAUCAUAAAGCCAAUGAACCCUCAGAGAGACGUAGCAUUCGAGAGCGGCAAGCAGCUCGUAGAACAACAUGGUUACCCAAGAGGUAGAAGACACUGCUAGACCAACAUAUCAAUCUUCUUCGAUAUGCAACACAAGAAAUGCCAACAAUCUUUGUAAUUUAUCAAAUUCAAUUUCUUCAAUUACUAUGUCUGUAAAAUCCGUUAUUCUACAAUGUUAAAGAAAUUCUACUGCAAAUGUUACUCUCUCAGAUUUUAGCCUUAUUCUAAUACAUGAUGAAGAACUUAUAUGGCGGUCUUUCAUUACCGCAAGGAAUUUUAACACUUAUUUAGAUAAUGAAGGGCUGUCAUUCGAGUUAAUCAACAAAAUCAAAGACGAAAAAAAAAACGAAUAAAAUCCCAAUCAGUGUAAGAAUGUAGGGCAAAUCUUUGAUGCUGAUACUGCAAAUUAGAGCAGAAAAGCAAUCAAAGUAACCCCAAAUUGUUGUAUGCCUAUCGCACGAUGUUUUAAGAUCGUACGCCACGAUUUAACCUCUCCCGUGGAAUACCACGCUCCGCUAUUACUUAAGGUGGUAGCG